ACCCUCCUCUGCAUCAACCCCCCCCUUUUCGAGGUGUAUCAGACGCUGUUAAGCCCCACGCACCAUCAUGUGGCGCUCAUCGGUACGAAGGGGCUCAUGGUGCUGGAGCUGCCCAAACGCUGGGGGAAGAAUUCUGAGUUCGAAGGUGGGAAAUCCACAGUGAACUGCAGCACUAUUCCUGUGGCAGAAAGAUUCUUCACAAGCUCAACAUCUCUGACUCUAAAGCAUGCUGCCUGGUAUCCCAGUGACACGUUAGAGCCCCAUAUUGUGCUCUUGACUUCGGAUAACACUGUAAGGUUUUACAGUCUAAAGGUACCUCAGACGCCUGUCAAAGUGAUUGCUCUUUCAGACACUGAGGAGGAGACUCUUACCAUCAAAAAAGGGAGAGCCUACACAGCAUCGCUGGGAGAGACUGCCGUGGCCUUUGACUUUGGCCCGCCAGUGCCGGUGCCAAAGAACGCUCUUGGGCAGCGAGGGAGGGAGGAGGUGUUGGCCCAUCCGCUUUACAUCUUGUAUGAGAACGGAGAGACGUUCCUCACCUACGUCAGCCUGCUCCAGAGCACUGGAAAUCUUGGCAAGCUGCUCGGGCCUCUGCCCAUGCACCCUGCUGCGGAAGAUAACUAUGGCUACGAUGCCUGUGCUGUCCUGUGCCUGCCUUGUGUUCCGAACAUCCUGGUGAUUGCCACCGAGUCGGGAAUGCUUUAUCACUGCGUGGUGCUGGAUGGAGAAGAGGACGAUGAGCAGUCAGAAAAGUCGUGGGACCCAAGAUCUGAUCUUAUUCCUUCCCUGUACGUGUUUGAAUGCGUUGAGCUGGAACUUGCACUGAAACUAGCAUCAGGAGACGAAGAGGAGCCUUUGGAGUCUGAUUUCUCUUGCCCAAUCAAACUGCAUCGAGACCCGAAAUGUCCCUCGAGAUACCACUGCACACACGAAGCUGGUGUCCACAGCGUGGGGUUGACGUGGCUCAAUAAACUGCACGAGUUCCUGAAGUCAGACGAAGAAGACAAAGACAGUUUACAAGAGCUGGGAGCAGAACAGAAGUGCUUUGUUGAACAUAUUCUUUGUACAAAACCGUUGCCAUGCAGGCAACCUGCUCCAAUUAGAGGCUUUUGGAUCGUUUCUGACAUCUUGGGGCCCACCAUGAUCUGCAUCACAAACAGCUAUGAGUGUAUUACAAGGCCUCUCUUAAGUACAGUCCAUCCUGCAUUCCCUGCCCUGCUCUGUACCAAAGACGACCAAGAUGCUGCUGUUUCCCCUCUCCGUAUCCUGGCCGAGUCAGAGCAUUCAUUCGAGAGGCACAUCCGAAGCAUCCUGCAGCGCAGUUCUGCCAAUCCCUUCCUUCUGAAGUCUGCUAAUAAAGAUGCUGCUCCUCCCCCUGAAGAAUGCCUUCAGCUUCUUAGCAGAGCCACCCAAGUGUUCAGAGAGGAAUACAUACUGAAACAAGAUCUGGCAAAAGAGGAAAUUCAGCAAAGAGUGAAGCUGCUGUGGGAACAGAAGAAAAAACAAUUGGAAGAUCUUAAUUACUAUCGAGAGGAAAGGAAAAGUUUGCGGGAAAUGGCUGAGCGCUUGGCUGACAAGUAUGAGGAAGCUAAAGAGAAGCAAGAAGACAUUAUGAACAGGAUGAAGAAAGUACUUCGGAGUUUCCACUCUCAGCUUCCUGUUCUGUCAGACAACGAGAAGGAUAUGAGGAAAGAAUUGCAGGCAAUACACGACCAGCUGCAGCACCUGAGCAAUGCUAUCAGACAGGUUAAAAUGAAAAAGGAAUACCAGCAGAAAAAGAUGGAAAAGGGCACCAGCCCCCGAAAACCCAGCAUCACCCUCAGUGCCUACCAGAGCAAGUGCAUCCAAACCGUCCUGAAAGAAGAGGGAGAACACAUAAGGGAGAUGGUAAAACAGAUCAAUGACAUCAGAAACCACGUGAACUUCUAACAUGUCCACGAUGAAGAACCUACGCUGAAAGGCUGGACAAGCUUUAAUUUUCCCUGGGAUUUCCCCUUGUAUAUUUACAUUUGUAUGUUGAACAAUAUGCCUUUUACUUAUUAUUUUGUAAAGAUGGACUGUGAAAUAAAAUACUUUUGAUAAGACUCCU